CUGAGGGAUGACAUCGCUGGCUGUCGGCUUGGUCCUAUGCCUAACAGGCUGGAUUACUCUCUACACCCUACUGUGUAACACCAAUGGCAGCCGUGGCUCUGAGUGGAACUGUAGGCUGGUCACACUGCUCCAUGGAAUCCUGGCAGUCUGUAUAACAGCAUACAUAGGCUAUGUGGAUGGACCUUGGCCCUUCACACAUCCAGGUAAGAUGCUCACUAUCUAAUCCCAUGUAGUGCUGCUCCUGUACCACCUUUCUGUAAAGGUGGUAAAGUUAGUAUAGAGCAUCAUGUUUAUUUUUUAUUUUUUAAAUCUAGUUUCUUCAUCAGUAUACUUUGAUAUGUGUAUGUAUGUUACUAACCAUGAAUACUGUUUACAAUAACGUUGUGAUCUUGAUUCCAGGCACAAAGAACACCCCCCUUCAGAUCAGUGCUAUGGUCAUUAGCCUGGGCUACUUCAUCUUCGACAUGGGCUGGUGUAUGUACUUCUGCACCGAGGGCCCGGUGAUGCUGGCCCACCACACCAUGAGCAUCCUGGGUAUCUUGUUGACCCUGAGCUUGGGGGAAUCAGGCAUCGAGUCCUGUGCCGUAAUCUUUGCUAGCGAGAUCACCAACCCCCUGCUGCAAGCUCGCUGGUUCCUGAGACAGUUGGGUCGCUAUGAGAGCCUGACAGGGGAGGCGGUCGAUAUUCUGUUUGUAGUGCUAUUUGUGUUCAUGCGCAUAGUGGUUGGCGGGAGGAUGUUGUACUGCGAGCUCAUCUCCCCACGGCCCAGGUUCAUUAUAAAGUGUGGGGGAGUUGCCAUGUAUGUGCUGUCCUGGGUGUUCAUGGUGGACAUUGGUCGUUUCGCCUACCGCAAGAGUCAAUCCAAAUACAGACGCUGGAGAGACCAACACAGACUGGCAACAGUUAACGGACAUAACGGAAAGACAGACUGAAAGACUUGCUUAUCUUCAGAAGAUUAAUAAAAACAUCCAAUGUUUAUACUAAUAGACCUUCUUUAACAAAUGAUUAACUAACAAAUGGUUGUGUGUAAGCAAGGGGUCAAAGUCAAGCCAUUCUUUAGGCCUAUAUGAUUAUUAGGGAAUAGUCUUUAGUAUUCAGCUUACACUUGUACAUUUUUGUGCUCAGUUCAGAAAAACAAGAUGCUCAGUUUAGACGUACACUGUUCAUCAGUCACUUUGG